CGAAGCCACAAUCAGUCACAGCUUCGCCCCCCGGACUUAAGUUACUACUCUACCAUUUCUGUGUAUAAAGGGAGCUUGCAUUCCACCACCAUCCGUCAUGAAUCCGCGACCACGAAACGGUUCAUUCGGCUCGGACACUUCGUCUUUUUACUCGGGACGUUCAGGAUCUGUUGUGUCGGCAGAUUCUACGUCUUCUAUCUGGUCCUCUUCGGAAUCGGACUCAUUUGUCUGGCGAGAUGAUCCUUGGGGAUUCUAUGGCGUGGGAGGCGCUGUCACCCGCUACGUGGACCAAGGUGAUGACAGACGCAGGAAGGUCGCGUCGCACAUACUGAGCGGCCCGUUCGCUCAGUUCUACAAAAAGCAACGCCAAUCCAAUUCUCGUUCACACUCCCACUCUCACUCCCGCCCAAAACGCAGCGCCAAUAGUUCGCGCUCCAGCUCUCGUUCGAGUAAUGGUAAUGCUAGCCCUCCUAGAGCUCAUAGCCAACCUUUCCCACCGAGGCCUAUGAACUUUGAGCCUGAAUUUCACGAGGACGAAAUGUACGACGACGUGGAGCAAUUCCAUGAGGAACCUUUCAUGCAGGGGCCAUUCGGGCAUCCCCCUCCCCAAUUCCGAGGGCCACCACCACCUCCUCCCCCGCCAGCUGCACCACCUGCUGGUUUCGAGGGCGGCUUCAUUCAACUAGGUGGUCCUAGCGGUCCUCCACCGCCUCCACCGCCUCCACAAGGCGACCCCUGGAAUAAUGGAGCUAGAUUCGGACAAGUUUACGAUUAAUGACAACGAUUUAUGAUUAAUGAUGGAGAUAUCUUCCCCAUGAAUAUUACGAAUUAUUGGUUCUCUACGGUUUUUCAAGGAACUGGAUGAUUUCUACUCGUUAGGCUUUGGGUAUCCGGCGUUUUUAUGUGGAACUCGUAUUUUUUUGGUAAUCUGGGGCGCCAUGCACCUAUUGUUAUUAUUUUAUGACACGCCAGCUAUAUGUAUGU